AUGGGAGCACCUUCGGUUAUCUUACGAAGCCUCUCCUUGCGGCGGAUGAUUCAGCCGCGAGCUCCGCCUUCCAUGGUGGCUCCGUUGCCUGAGAAAAGCCGCUUCGAUGAACGACUCACGGCGGAGCUAGACACUCUCCGGCCGCCGCAACAAGGCAGCGCUGGAUUGAUUCGAUUUCUCGACGCUUCCAUCGCUGCUCAGAAGAUUGCUUUGGGAAUGUUGGUGAAUAUUCCUUACAGAGAUGAUACCGAUCGUGGAGCUCUCGAGCAUUACCUCGAGACCAACGUUGAAAUUCUCGAUUCCUGUAAUCACUUAUCGGACAAAAUCGAGAUCGUCAAGAAGUAUUUGGAUUCGUUGAGAGUGGUCCUGCGUUUCGUCGAUGGAAGCUUCAGCUCCAGAAUGCGCGCGAUGGAGCAUCUGGAGUCAAUUCGAGGUAUAGAAAGGAAAUGCAAAUCCGUGAGCAAGCGUAAUGGCUUGAGAAGAAUCCUGAGGCAAAAGCUAGGUCACUAUGAAUCCGAGCUCGGGGAGAUUAUGAGCGGUUCUAAGGCCAUGGCUUUGAUGGCUUGUGAAUUUCUCGAGCUUGGAUUGUCGUUUGAUUCAAAACGCAGAAUCCCUACAAUCACCGAGUCUCAGAGAUCAAGGAGUUCGUCUUCCUGGUUGAGAAUGUUGCUGGAAUUGGUGAACCAAGAAGAAGGAAGCGAAAAGACGCAGAGAAGAAGGUGUGUAUCACACUUGAUCAUGGAAGAUUUGAGAGAGACAGUGAGAUCGGUUAGGGAUUUGGAGGAAGUGAUGAAGGGGAAGAGAGAAAGAGAGGUGAAAUCUGCAGUUGAGGGAUUGAAGAGAAAGUGCAGAGGAUUGGAGGAUGAGAUUGAGAUUGUAGAAGAAAGAGUGAAGGAUUUGUAUAGAAGCUUGAUUGAUGUUAGAAUGGCUGUGUUGGGGAUUUUAUCGCAGGCCUAGGAGCAAAAAUUUGUUGUAUCAGAUUGAUUAGAUUGUAGGAAGAUUGAUUUUAGGGAAGUCAGUGUAGCUUCUCAAGAUGUAAAGCACUAAUCUUA